UUAAUGCCUCUCCAUUUAUGUGCAUCUUCUAUUACUACCCUUCUGUCUCUCUGUCUGUUAGUCUGUCUUUCUGCCUCUCUAUUAGUCUGUCUGUCUGUUAAUCUGUCUGUUGGUAAGUCUGUCUAUCCGUUUCUGUCUGUUCGUCUGUCUGUCUGCCUAUUAGUAUGUCUGUCUGUCUGUCUGCCUAUUAGUAUGUCUGUCUGUCUGUCUGUAUGUAUGUAUGUAUGUCAGUCUGUAUGUCUGUGUGUCUGCCUGUUAGUAUGUCUGUCUGUUUGUUCUGGGACCACCAAAAGAUGCUUUAGCAGUUCUUUUGGAUUUGAAGGCAUCCCUUUCUGAGAUCGGUCUAGAAAUCAAAGAUGAAAAAUGCAAAUUGUAUUUUCCCACUGCUCCUGAUAAUUUCAGCGCUGGUGUCCCAGUUAGCAAAGAUGGAAUCGACGUGUUGGGGUCACCUGUAGGCAAUCAUGAUUAUGUUCAGUCUAGGUGCCUGGCUGUGGCUAACAUGGGCAGCUCGUUGUGUUCAAAGCUACUUGAACUUGACGACCCUCAGUGUGGCCUCCUUUUGCUCAGACAUUGUCAUGUCCCCAGGCUGAAUUUUUUGGCUAGGACUGUGCCACCUGACAGGUUACUGCAUGCAGCUGUUUGUCAUGACCACCUUACAAGGGCUACUUUCACUGACAUGGUUGGUUUGAACGAAUUGGAUGACACCGGAUGGAGCCAGGCCACUCUGAAGGUCGGGUUCGGCGGAUUUGGCUUAUCAUCAACUCAGAAGAUGGCUCACCUAGCAUUUCUGGCGUCAUGGGCACACUCUUUGAAAGAACUGCCAUUGAGAUUUCCACCUCUGAAAGAUCGUUUAGAACGGUUUAUUGAAGGUAGCAAUACAGGACAACUUAUUCGUACAUUGGUGGCAAAACUACCACCCAAGUCGGGUGCAGAUGAUGACGAGCAGUUUCACACCUUAGAGCAGAUGACAGAAUACCCUAGAAAAUUGCAACAUCGCCUGACGGUAGACGCUUCUCAUAAACGAUCAGAAGAAGUUAUCAAAAGCAUGAACUCAGAGAGACAUGUUGCAAGGAUCAGGUCCUUACACGGAAAAGGAGCUGGAGCAUGGCUAGAGGUAAUACCAACUUCAGACAAGAACGCACUGAAGCCGAAUGAAUUUCGUGUAGCGUCUUGUAUGAGGUUGGGUGCUGGUUUGCCUUUCAGCCGGCUGCUUAAGACGUGUGACUGUGGAACUGAGCUGGAUCGCGAGGGCUACCACCGUUUGACAUGUAAAUAUGGAGGUGGACCUGUGUGGACGCAUAACUCCAUAGUGUCUGCAUGGAGUGAUUGCCUAAGCGAUUUACUCAUUCCCCAUCAAAUAGAACCGAGACAGCGAUUUGUAGACAACGAAAACCGGCCUGACAUCACGCUUUACGACACUGACACUGGGAUCACAAAAGAAUGUGAUGUUUCGAUAGCUCACCCUUGGAGCAAAGACAUUAUUAAAGGUGCAGCCAGAGAAGGUGGCCAUGCAGCAGCUAAACGAGAGGCAGCAAAGUCAAAAAAAUACUCAGAGGAAUCGCUUGCGGAUGGAUCGAAGCCUAUAGUUGUCCCACUCGUCUUUGAACACUUCGGCAGGUGGGGCUUAAAGGCUGACGAGCUGAUGAAUGAACUGGGGAAGAAGGCGAGAGGCUUUGAUGGAAGAAGAAUUGCGGUAGAGUUUAAAACCUUCUGGAGGAAAAGACUGUCUAUUACUCUUCAAAAAUGCAACAGCAGAGUGAUUUUGCGGAAGCUGUCAAGGCUUUCUGUGCGCUCAUUAGGAGAUGACAGUGUUUUGGGAGUAGAUAGAGACAUUCAGUGUUUUACUCAUUAGCAAUAGUCUCGGACUACAAGUAGAACAUUUCAUUUUAACAAUAACUGUUUGUAGUAGUGAAGAUUGUUGACAAUAAACUUGAUUCUGUCUGUC